GAUGUGUCAACCACAGGGACCCUAGACUGUGAAAUAAGUGCACAGAAAUGUCAACCGCCUUUUCAGACGAUAACAGUAACGCCCAAACACUCUAAAGUGACUUUGAAAUGCUCGAUUAAGAAUGGGGGAAAAGUACAAGAUAUGACCUGGCAGCACCUUGAAAAACACCUCAAUGCCAGCAGUGACACCGGUCUGUUCUUACAACACAUCGCUUCAAAGAACAGCAGUCAGCCAUGUGAUUGUUUUUCUGUAAAAUACGCCAGUGAGUAUGUUCUUCUUUUGCCCUGUCUGUAUUACAUUGAUGGGGAGAAAAAUGUCAUAAUGCGCCCAUCAGUUUUUUUGUGUGUCUUAUUUUUUAAAUGGAUUAUAACGAAUCCUAUGAAUGCCUCGUAACAGGUUUAGGCAGAUUCAAGCUCAGCAGAGGCAAUUUUUACGGUUGGGUUGAUCGUAAAAACGGUUGAAGUUAUAGCCAGCUGAAUCACCUCACUUGAAUAUGCUUUACCGCGAAGGUCUAGUUGCUCAUGCCAUGCUGGAAGGCAAACAAAGCAAAGGGACAUGACAAACAAUAAACAAAGGAAUCAUUUUAAAUGAUGUUAGCUUUUUGUUUGGCUUGACUCAGUGCGUAGGGCCUCGCUCUCCAGCAUGACAGGUUUGUGCCACAAAAGUGACUUACUGCAAAGGGCCUAUUUAAAAUGAACAAGGCAUGGCAUGGAGUAAAACAUGGAAGGUGUCGGUAAGAGAGGUGACUGCAGUUACCUUAAAAAUCGUGAGCUAAGCAACGGCAGAGACGGCGGUGAAAAUGUCGCUAAAAAAAUAAAUUUGCCUCAUUUCAAUAUGUUAUCGCGUCUAUUUGGAGCUGCUAAAUUUGCAGAAUUUGUCAAAUGUAGACGAUUUCUCUUGGAGGUGAAUUCUUAAGGACUUUAUCCAGUUUCAGAAAGAAAAAAAAGAAUUUGUCGUCGUAUGUUCACUUUCUCUAUAAAACGUCGUGUUCCUUGAUUAGGAGGUUUCACUUCAUAGUCCUGGAGUCAACGCCCGAGGGGUACUCCAAUACAUUACCUAUACGGGUAUGUGCCGCCCAACGGGGUCGUGAUUUUGAAGCUCCUGGUUUAGAACGGGGUAUCCAUUUCAGAGAAGUUUUCUAGAACGGGGUAUAAUAUUUCGAACGCACGAAAGCUCCAGUUUUGUAAGCAGCCAUUUGAAAUUAUUCAAGGACAGAUUGCUUUUAAAAGUACGGUUCAAUGCGUUAACAAGCAAACUGCUAUACCCUUGUUGCACCCUGGAACGAAGUUAAAAAUUGGCCCAUUUCUAGAACGGGAUAUCAAUUUUAGGGGAAGUUUUUUUUAGAACGGGGUGCCAAUUUGGAGUCCGGGCGGCACAUACCCACCCCCAAAAUACCUAAGUAGGCUCCUCGGGAGUCAACGUCAAAGAAAUGUGCAAGAGACGCACGUGCAGCAACUGUUGUUUUCAUGUUAAAACCAAUUCUGUUUUGACGUUGUCGUCAUGGUGGUUCAGAUUUUAACAUUUCAGAUUUUGAUAUUUUUUUCCACUUAUUUAAGAAGUCGCUAUAAAAAUUACAAAUAUAUGACAAAAACAAGAAGAAGAAAACAAGCAAAUUACAUAAAUCCUGAUCAAAGGUGAAAUGUGCGCAGUGGCCAAAGGAGCUUAGGCUUUUGAGUUGGUCACUUAAGCUCCCUACAAAGUUUAAAUGACUGGGUGCAUGACUUAUGAGCUUUGAAAUUAAGACGAAGAAUUCCUUCUCAGUUCCAGUUAAGAGAGUAUCUAAGACAAGUUCUCCCGUUGACUUCUAUUCUGACACAAAACAAAUGGAACUGAAGUGUACCUUCAAGGGAUGGCCUCGUCCUCGUGUAGUUUGGUACAAUCCAAAAAACAAACAAAUCAUCAACGGAUUUGGAGGUUUUUACAUCUCAGAGCAGCUGGAUGGAGAGGAUACCUUAACUUCCCUUCUCCGUAAUCCUGAUAUCCAAGAAAAUCAAGCAGGGGCUUAUAAAUGCACUGGAAUGAACAACAUUACCGGCUGGUCGAGUGAAAAAUCAGGGAUAUUUAACCUGAUUUAUGGCUGUGAGUCAUUUAAUUUCUCAUUUGAAUUCUUCUUAUACACACGGAUGCACAAAACCACCUUAAUUAACAGUACCUCCUUUGUAUCAGGUUCAGCAUAAAAGGGUAUUGCCGUGUUUCCCAUGUAAGCGAUGGAAAGUAUCCCAUUUAUACUAAGAGGGACAGCUCAUUCUCUCUUAAUUUAAACGGAAUUAAAUAUUGGGUGCUUCAUGUUUAAAAUAACAGAUAAAGUUAUUCCCAGCUAAAUUUAAAAGAAAUCAAUAUAACUGAAAAUUUCGUGCCACCUUCCUCUUUCCAUUCAGACCAAUUGGACAAUAGAAUUUUUAUUUGUUUAUCCCUCGAGUAACAAGGGAUAAGUAAAUAAGUAAAUAAAUAAAUAAAUUACGAUUUAGUGGCGGUAGGUCAUCCACAUGGUGGUUCUUUGUCUGCCAUUCUGGCUUAAACUUACCCCGCGCAGCUGCGGGAUUAACGUGGGAGUGAUGUAUUUUUUUCGGCGGCGAUGGCGAAAUAAGGGUAAGAAGCAACAAAACUAAACCCGGCCGACCACAUAUGAAGUUGCCUGAGGAAUCAAGCAGAAGACAGUCAUUAAUAAGAGGGGAGUGUUCUCACCUGAAAUACAGUAGAACCUCUAUAUAACGAACUCCUCGGUAUAAUUAACAAUUAUUCCACAAGUGUGCGCUGGAUAUGAGAUUGUAGGGAGCAAACGAGGCGCGUAGCACCGUUUUGGCAGAAAGAAAAAGGAGAAUUUGUCGUCGUAUGUUCACUUCCUCUAUAAAACAUCGUAUUCCUUGAUUAGGAGGUUUCGCUUCAUAGUCCUGGAGUCAACGCCCGAGGGGUACUCCCAUACAUUACCUAUACGGGUAUGUGCCACCCAACGGGGUCGUGAUUUUGAAGCUUUUGGUUUAGAACGGGGUAUCUAUUUCAGAGACGUUUUUUAGAACGGGGUAUAAUAUUUCGAACGCACGAAAGCUCCAGUUUUGUAAGCGGCCAUUUGAAAUUAUUCAAAGACAUAUUGCUUUUAAAAAUACCGUUCAAUGCGUUAAGAAGCAAACUGUUAUACUCUUGUUGCACCCUAGAACAAAGUAUAAAAAACUGGCCCAUUUCUAGAACGGGGUAUCAGUCUUAGAGCGAAUUCUAGAACGGGGUAUUAAAAAAUGGUCCAUUUCUAGAACGGGAUAUCAAUUUUAGGGGAUUUUGUUUUAGAACGGGGUGCCAAUUUGGAGUCCCGGGCGGCACACACCCACCCAAAAAAUACCCAAGUGCGCCCCCCAGGAGUCAACGUCAAAAAAAUGUACUAAGAAGCUUGACACACCAGCAGCAACUGUUGUUUUCAUGUUAAAACCAAUUAAGUUUUGACGUUGUCGUCGUGCUGGUUCAGAUUUUUACAUUUCAGAUUUUGAUAUUUUUUCCACUAAUUCAAGAGGUUGCUAUAAAAAUUACAAAUAUAUGACAAAAACAAGAAGAAAACAAGCAAAUUACAUAAAUCCUGAUCAAAGGUGAAAUGUGCGCAGUGGCCAAAGGAGCUUAGGCUUUCGAGUUAGUCACUGCACUUAAGCUCCCUACAAUGUUUAAAUGACUGGGUGCAUGACUUAUGAGCUUUGAAAUUAAGACGAAGAAUUCCUUCUCAGUUCCAGUUAAGAGUGUAUCUAAGACAUGUUCUCCCGUUGACUUCUAUUCGGACACAAAACAAAUGGAACUGAAGUGUACCUUCAAGGGAUGGCCUCGUCCUCGUGUAGUUUGGUACAAUCCAAAAAACAAACAAAUCAUCAACGGAUUUGGAGGUUUUUACAUCUCAGAGCAGCUGGAUGGAGAGGAUACCUUAACUUCCCUUCUCCGUAAUCCUGAUAUCCAAGAAAAUCAAGCAGGGGCUUAUAAAUGCACUGGAAUGAACAACAUUACCGGCUGGUCGAUUGAAAAAUCAGGGAUAAUUGACCUGAUUUAUGGCUGUGAGUCAUUUAAUUUCUUAUUUAAAUUCUUCUUAUACACACGAAUGCACAAAACCAGCUUUAUUAACAGUACCUCCUUUGUAUCAGGUUCAGCAUAAAAAUGUAUUGCGGUGUUUGCCCUGUAAGCAAUGGAACGUAUCCCAUUUAGACUAAGAGGGACAGCUCAUUCUCUCUUGAUUUAGACGGAAUUAAAUAUUGGGUGCCUCAUUUUUUAAUAACAGAUAAAGUUAUUCCCAGCUGAAUUUAAAAGAAAUCAAUAUAACUGAAAAUUUCGUGCCACCUUCCUCUUUCCAUUCAGACCAAUUGGACGCUGGAAUUUUUAAUUGUUUACCCCUCGGGUCACAAGAGAUAAGUAAAUAAGUAAAUAAAUAAAUAAAUGAAUAACGAUUUCGUGGCGCUAGCUCAUCCACAUAGUGGUUCUUUGUCUGCCAUUCUGGCUCAAAUUUACCCCGCCCAAAUUUAGGAAUUAACGUGGGAGUAACGUUUUUUUUUGGCGGCGAUGGCGGAAUAAGGGUAAGAAGCAACAAAACUCAAUUAGGUCGACCGCAUAUGAAGUUGCCUGAGGAAUCAAGCAGAGGACAGUCAUUAAUGAGAGGGGAGUGUUCUCACCUGAAAUACAGUAGAACCUCUAUAUAACGAACUCCCCGGUAUAAUUAACAAUUACUCCACCAGUGUGCGUUGGAUAUGAGAUGGUAGAGAGCCAACGAGGCGCGUAGCACCGUUUUGGCAGAAAGAAAAAGGAGAAUUUGUCGUCGUAUGUUCACUUUCUCUAUAAAACGUCGUAUUCCUUGAUUAGGAGGCUUUACUUAAUAGUUGUGCAGUCAACGUCAAAGAAAUGUACUAAGAAGCUUGACGCACGUGCAGCAACUUUUAUUUUCAUGUUAAAACUAAUUGUGUUUUGACGUUGACGUCGUGGUGGUUCAGAUUUUUACAUUUCAGAUUUUGAUAUUUUUUCCACUAAUUCGAGAGGUUGCCAUAAAAAUUACAAAUAUAUUACAAAAACAAGAAGAAGAAAAAAAGCAAAUUACAUAAAUCCUAAUCAAAGGCGAAAUGUGUGCAGUGGCCAAAGGAGCUUAGGCUUUCGAGUUGGUCACUUAAGCCAACUACAAAGUUAAAAUGACUGGGUGCAUGACCUAUGAGCUUUGAAAUUAAGACGAAGAAUUCCUUCUCAGUUCCAGUUAAGAGAGUAUCUAAGACAAGUUCUCCUGUUGACUUCUAUUCUGACAAAAAACAAAUGGAACUGAAGUGUACCUUCAAGGGAUGGCCUCGUCCUCGUAUACUUUGGUACAAUCCAAAAAACAAACAAAUCAUCAACGGAUCUGGAGGUUUUUACAUCUCAGAGCAGCUGGAUCGAGAGGAUACCUUAACUUCCCUUCUCCGUAAU